UUCGUUAUAGUUUUGAAAAUAAUGAAUUGUAUUUCACCAUUUUAACUCUUGGAACAUGAAAGUAAUUGGUACCAAUAGAAUUUAGUAAUCAGUAAUCAAGCAGUUAAUAAUACAGCACUAGUGCCUCUUGUUUCUCAAAAUAAUACAACAGAGUCAAAUCAAAUGUCUAGAAAAUGUUUAUUUUAUUUGUAUAAAAUACGAAAUUUUGUUUACAGAAUUUUGUUUUUUACUUAAACAAGUGAUUAAGCAUUAAAGAAAAACUUCUAUAACAAACAUGUCAACGGAAGAAACAGAAAAUGACCAUGAUUAUGCUGCGAGUCGGCUAAGAAGUGAUAAUGAUAGUAGUGAUAUACGUCCCCGAACAAUUUUACGGAUAAUACGCAAUUGGAGCAGUGAUUCUGGACAAUCGACGUCGGGUAACUCGGAUCAUAAUUAUAUAAGUGUUUUUACAGGCGCUAGCGUAAGCGGAAGUAAUAUGACUAUAAAUGCCUCUGGAGGUACAAUGGAAAGUGAUAAUGAUAUAUUCUAUGACGACGACGAUGAUGAUGGUGGUAGGGAUGACGAAAAUACUGAUCCUGCCAAUGAAAUCAUGAAUUCCAACUCAUCUACCAUAACUUUUGAGACAGAUAAUAGAUCAGAAGAUUCCAUUAGCACGGUGACAACCAUAACCACCGAUCAAACACAUUCCGAACAGACUAGUUCGUCGGAACAAACUAAUUUCUCAGAUCAAACAAGUGAUUCUAUGUCAUCGAGGUCUGUGCAAUCCGAAGCAGCCUCCACAGAAGAAAAUCCCCACUCAGUAGCUGAUGUUGUUUCUAAUUCUCUUGAAAUACAACCAAUUGCCAACGUAAAUAUAAAUACAAAUAAUGAAAUAAUCAAUUUAGACUCUCCUUCACCACCUAAAAAGCGAAAACGUUUAUCAUUAGAGGCGAGUGCCAUUAGUUGCACUCCCAAAGUAAAAGCCAGAAACGAAAAUGAUUUGGAUGAUGAAGACGAUGGCUUAACCUGUCCCAUUUGUUUGGAUAAUUGGGAAAUGUCGGGGGAACAUCGGCUGGCAUCGCUUAAGUGUGGUCAUUUGUUUGGUGAUUCCUGCAUACGUCGUUGGCUGCAGGAGAGUUCUCGUCAGUCGGGACAAAAGGUUUGUCCGCAAUGUAAAACAAAGGCACAUGCCAAAGACAUACGUUAUUUAUAUGCAAAACGUUUAAGAGCCAUAGACCGCAGUGAAGAGCAUCGUAUGCGUGAACAGCUGACUGAAGUACAAAGUAAAGCACAAAGUUUAACAUUGGAAUUGGCAACAUUAAAAAUGUCCUACGCUCAGGUAACGCAAAAACUAAAGGCAUUAGAAUCAGACAAUGAUUCCCUCAAUGUUUUGCUUAGAAAUGGUGGGGGCACCGCCUCUAACUUUCCAAAAAUUGUAGCUCGAAAAGCUUCGUUAAUGUAUAAAUUAUUUAUGGAACGUAAUAUUGAGAUAUCAAGAGAACCCGGUUGCCGUGUUUUGACUUAUGCCAAGGAACACACCGCUUUAAUUGUUUCUCAAAAGAGCAUACAAAAUCUAUUUCCCGGCUAUGGUCUAAGAUUUGUCGACACAAUUUCAUUUAAACCAACUAAUUUUCUACAUACUUCCCUUAAGCUAGUGAGAGAUAUAAGUCUAUCCGAUGACCAGCAGUUACUAGCAGCCGCAAGCAUGGAGUCAAAGGUAAAACUAUUUGAUUUGCGUACUCUUUCAGUGGCGGCAACAUUUAAGCCGGCGGAGAAACCAUUAUGGUCAUGUUCUCUAGGGCGUAGAGAUAGUGAGCACUUCCUCUACCUUGGCUCUCAGCAAGGCAGCAUUUAUGUGUAUGACACACGUUUGCCAGAUACAAUUUUGAGUGAACAUCAACCCGAAGGAGAUUUUAGCCCCGUGAUACAAGUAGCUUCAGUACCAGCCAGUCAACUAUUUCCAUGUGGUGGAUUUCUGGUGUGCAAACUUACAUCUUUGUGGUUUUAUGAACAUACGGGUGGUGUAACACGCUCUACGAGACUAGCUAUAGAAGGACGUUUUAUUUCAAUGGACUUUGAUGCCGCCCAAUUUAGUCUACUGGUACAAACAAGAAGUUGUGCCCGUUACCCUCGCGCGCGUUAUAUACUAGGAAAACUUAAUAAAAUCAAUAGCAUUCCAGUGUAUGAAAUACAAAUUACAUUCUUCGCCUCCACCAACAGUCCUGUGAUGGCUCGGUGUUCUCAAAUUAUCGUGGAUUCAAAUACACUAGUAGCGUCGUAUAUACAAGAUUCUAAAUUAUUAUCAUUAUAUGAUGCUAAUCGUGAGCAGUGCAUACAGUCAUUGCCAGCACAAGAUAUAAUUUAUGAUACUUGCCCCAUAUACACAAAAGAUUUUACCUAUUUGGCCGCCUUAACCGAAACCAAAUGCAGACUAUACAAAUUGAACUCUACCUAACUCUACCAUUACUUAAUACUAUUAAUUACUACUAUUUGUUUUUUUAUUAAUAUAUGUAAGUGUUUAAAUUUAAACAAAAUGAUAAAUAUAUAGGUAUUUUUUUAUUAAAACUAAUUUGUGAAUGUAAGAUAUACAUAUCGGGUUCGAUUUAAAUAUAUUUUGUUGCUGCUACAUCGAUAUGACAUUUAAAAUCUAAUCAGUAUUUCCCUUUACAUACAUUUUAUAUACAAAAUUUUAGAUCAAAAAUGUAAGAAAUCUCAUAUUUCCUUAAUAUAUAUGGUGUGUAAAAAUUA